AUGACUGAAUCGAAUGAAACCGGUACCAGCAGGUUACGAAAACUGCUUUCGUAUGUUACAAUCGAGCCGGUGAUUAUAUUUUUCAUAUUUGGGGUUGUCACCUCGACGGGGUUGAGAAUUUUUGAACUCGAAAAGGCAUGCGUUACCAAGUUACAUGUGGAUUUGAAGGUGUGUGAGUUUUUUGCUCAGCUGGAAGACAACAACGUGUGUGAGAGCUUGCCAUCCGGUGAAACGUUGAAUCGAUCAGCUGAAACAAACCCCGGCAUUGACUACGACGUUCAAAAUGACACGGGGCAGAUGGAAUUCAACCGGUUGGUUUGUACAGCAAGGGAGAAAUCGAUCAACGAGGUGACUUUUUUGAAUUCCUACAGAAGCAUCAUAACUGGUUUGGUGCAGACAGUGGUACUCCUUUUUGCCGGCAGCUGGAGCGAUCGAGUUGGACUGAGGAAACCUUGCAUAUUGAUUCCGAUUGCUGCUGACAUAAUCAGCACAUGUGUGCUCGUAACGUCUGCCAUCUUCAUGCAGGAAAUAUCGCUGGAAGUCACCGGCAUCCUUCCGAAUCUGAUAAACUCAAUCAGUGGAGGCACCCCGCUGGUAGUGACCGGAAUAUACAGCUACCUAACGGUCUGUAGCACCGAGGAGGACCGAACGUUUCGAUUUGCCUGUGCCGCCGUCGUGAUUGCUACCAUACCCAUUCUGGCGAGCUUCUUUAGCGGGUAUUUGUUCAAGGCACUGGGGUUCAUUAAUUUGUGUCUCCUGUGCAUAGUAACGGAUUCAAUCGGAUUACUUUACGGAUUAUUCGUUCUGAAAGAACCAUCCAAUGAAGAAGAUUUCACUGAAAAAGAUGGCCACAGUAAAGACCAUGGCGAUGUACCGGAUGACACCAGCCAUUGCACAUCCUUCCGUAAGCUAUUCGAUGUAACUCUUGUGAUUGAUUGCAUCAAGGUGGUUACCAGGAAGCGGAAUUUCAAUGUCCGGGCCAUCCUGCUCUUAACCUUACUUGUAUUUUUCAUCAACUUUGGUGCCGCCGGUGAUGUCGAAUCGGCACUGAACAUUGCGAUCUACAAGUUCAGCUGGAUCUCCAACCUGGGCACGUGGGUGUCGUAUGAUUAUAUGACCACCUUGCUGGGCACCCUGCUGGCGAUGGGAGUGCUGAGCAAGCGAUUCGGGGUGUCCGACUUUCUCAUUUGCGUAUUUUCGGUGUGCUUCACUCUGGUUGCAAAACCAAUUAUGGCAUAUGCAGCUAGUGCCGUUAAACCGUACUUGUACUACGUAGCCACUUCAAUCGAUGUUUUCGAGGGCAGCAAAUUCGUGGCCAUCCGCAGUAUUGUUUCAAAACUGGUAGACCAGGAUGAAAUUGGAAAAAUUCUUGCCAUCCUGGGAAUUGUUGACUCCACUCAGGCGGUGAUAUUUCCAACACUCUACAGUGCCGUGUACCUGAAAAGUCAGGAAGUCUUCAUUGGAUCCGUAUUUCUGUUGAGCGAAGCGUUCCUGUUGGUUUCGGUGGGAUUGUACAUAUCUUUGUACUUCAUGUCCAGAAAACUCACCAAAAAGAAAAAUACCCACCAGCGAGAAGGUGUUGAUAAUGCCGCAAUGGAAGUAACUUCCAUGUGA